CUCAAUAGCCUUAGCAACGACAGUUUAGUGAAGUUGAUUGUACGUGCGCGUACGUGCUCCGUAUACAUCUCUGUGCAAAAGGAGCAUUAACAAUUCACCCUGGUCCCAUAUGCAAAAAACGAAGCUGGUGUGAAGCAGAAUAACAGAAGUUUUAAUUUCUCUUAACGUUUUUCGAGGAGUGUCAAAAUGUAGACUUCAGGACAUGUUGAAUUCUAAAAGAUUGUAAAAGUGGAUUAUAAAGUUAAAGGAUAAGUGUGUGGACAAUCAAACAAACAAAUAAGCGUCUGUCAAACGAGCUGCUGUUAGAAUUCUUUGAACAACUCUUUUGAUACCGGGAAGCCCAAACAUGUCUCGGGCGACGGUGUCCAAGUCCAGGGCUGAAAAGGCCAAGGACAAGGACAAAGACAGGGGAGGAAGUACAUCGGUACCGGUACCACCGGUCAACUCAGACGUGAUACCGGGAAGAUUCACAGAAACUGAUUGGAAUUCUAUGCUUGAUAAAGAGGAUGGGGAGGAUUUCGUUAUUGAUAUUGUUUCAAACAUUGUCGACUCUGCCCUGACUGUUAUCUACGACAACUAUAUACAGAAACAGCUCCACCCCUAUGUAGUUACACAGGCCAGAGAUGCGAUACUUCAAAUCAUUGAGUGGCAGUUUCUUGCUCGAGAUGAAGGAGAGACACAACCAGAGAAUGAUGCAACAUGGCUAGAAGAAGAUGAGCCCAUGCCCUGCGUACCCGAUGCCUGGGCCCAGGGUUCCGUUCCCCAGAAGAACCGACCACUCAUGUCCCCUCUGCUCUCGGAGCCAGGCACGGACAUCACCGACGUGACCGGCAUGUCCCACCAUGUCAUCCUUGAGGACGUUGUCUGCGAGUCGCACGCCGAUAUCGAGCUUGCAGAUGGAGAGGAGGAAGGAGGAGAGGAAGAUAAGGAAGUGGAUGGGGAGGAGGAGAAGGAAGAGGGAGGGGAUCAGACCGAAGAUGUGUCAGAGAGAUUGGCAAACGCAGAGCAAGAGGAAGCGGAACCAAAGAGUGAAGAGGUCAUCAUAGAGGAGACUAAGGUAUUGAACCGGAUCUUCUUCUCAAUUUUUAUUUUCUUCCCGCAUAUCCAGGCGAAACAAGAGGCCCACCGUCCACGUAAGCCAAAGUUCAAACCCCACAAGGGCCGGGUACGCUCGGCAGGGCUGAGAGACAUGCACAAGUCCUUGGACGAGAUGGAGAGGGAGGUGCUGGAGGCAGAACGGAAGGCCAGCGAGCCCAAAGUCGUCAGGGACUCCAUCUUGGAUCACAUGCCAUCAUCAUGCCAUUCGAUACUCAAGGUUCAAGCUGGCAGACCACCAGGUAGCAAAGAUGUCAGUUAUGAUGACAGGGGCAACGUUAUAUCGGUCGUUCGACUGGACCCUGACAAGCUGCCGUCACACAGAGUGAGGACGCAGUAUGCAGUGGUGGACCCUGCGGUGGAGGCGGCCCACGCCCGUCUGGUCGCCAUGAGAACGGGUCGCUACAUCUCCCAACAGAAGACCGAGAUGGCCAAGCAACAGGCAGAGGUCAGAGCCAUGACAAAGAGCCGUGGUAUACCUACAUCGGACGGCACUAAGACUGGUGUAAAACCUUUGAAGACAGCAGCAAGCCUCGCUACUUUAGCCAGCAGUCACCACUCACAUGGCACCAAACACAUGGAUUACGCGGCAGUACCCGGCGGCAUCUCACCACUUCCUCCACCCCUGAUUGAAUCCAUGGAGCUAUCACCGGGCGUGGUCGUGAAGGAGGGCAACCGGGUCAAGCGAGGCCCCAAGCCCCAGGCACGCUACCACGACUCCAUCACCUCGGCCAAACUCCGCUCACUCCGCCCCGUCCACCAGUUAGACAUGAGGGACGCCCAGCUGGCCGUGGCCGAUAUCAUCAAUGCAAAGGGCCCCCUGCUCCGCGCACUUCCAGUCAACGAACCCAUCCCGCCCAUAGCAACCCGUCCGACCCCGCCCCCUCCCAAGUCCUUACAAAUGGCUUGAUCGAAAUGAACAAUUAUGGGA